UAGCUCCCCACCUAUUGCACUAUAAAGAGCCCCCCUUGCAUUGGCGGCUUCUCCACACACACCACACCGUAUAGCUCAGAACAGCUAUUCAUCUUGUGCAAAAAGAGGAGUGAGCAAAGUUAGCUAUAGGCCGGGUUCUUGGCCAAGAGCGAGCUUCUCCCUCCCAUUGCUGCUUGCAUUGGUCCUUCAUCACCUCCUGCUUUUUGAUCAGAUCAGAUCCCCACUACUAGCAAGUGUGCAGUGGGUAUGCACCACCAGGCCAUGGGCGACAAGCUGUGGGACCUGCUCGGGGACGAGAUGGCGUCGGCCGGCGAGCACGGCCUGCCCCCGGGGUUCCGGUUCCACCCCACCGACGAGGAGCUCGUCACCUUCUACCUCGCCGCCAAGGUCUUGAACGGCGCUUGCUGCGGCGUCGACAUCGCGGAGGUGGACCUCAACCGGUGCGAGCCGUGGGAGCUCCCCGACGCCGCGCGGAUGGGGGAGCGCGAGUGGUACUUCUUCAGCCUCCGCGACCGCAAGUACCCGACGGGGAUGCGCACCAACCGCGCCACCGGCGCCGGCUACUGGAAGGCCACCGGCAAGGACCGCGAGGUGCUCAACGCCGCCACCGGCGCCCUGCUCGGCAUGAAGAAGACGCUCGUCUUCUACAAGGGCCGCGCCCCGCGCGGCGACAAGACCAAGUGGGUCCUCCACGAGUACCGCCUCGACGGCGACUUCGCCGCCGCCCGCCGCUCCUGCAAGGAGGAAUGGGUGAUCUGCAGGAUACUCCACAAGGCAGGCGACCAGUACAGCAAGCUGAUGACGGUGAAGAACCCCCACUACCUCCCCAUGGGAAUGGACGACGCCUCCAGCUUCUGCUUCCAGCAUGACCCCGCCGCCGCCCCUCCCCUCCCAAACCCUAGCGGCUGCACGAGCGUCGUCAGCCUCCCCUUCCACCACGGCCACCACGGCAUGCAGCCUCCACUGCUGCCGGCGAGCAGCAACCAGCAGCAGGGCAGCAAGAUCAGCAACGGCUGCGGCUUCCCUGCAUCGGCGGCCUGCACGCAAGAGCCGCCCAACGGCUACGGCCGCAGCAGCAACGCCAUGGGCAUGCCGCCACACCCUCCUCUUCCCUUCACCUCCGUCGUCGCUGGCGCUGGCAGGCCGGCCCCGCCGCCGCCGCCCCAGGCCGGGGUCAACGCCGUCCCACAGGAGCCACUGAUGCCGCCGGCGCCAACUACCUGGCUGGAGGCUUACGCGCAGCAUGGCGGCAUCCUUUAUGAGCUGGGCCCGGGUGCAGCGGCGCCCAGGGACGCAUGAUCCGGACCGCUGGUUCCUUUCCUUAGGGCUAUCGCGCUGGUCGAUCGGUUUAUUACCUUGUGAUCUUGGUUGCCUUCGGUUGCUAGUAGAUCUUGUGUAAUCUCUUUUUUCAGCUUAAUUUGCAAGGGAGAUAUUCAGACAAGAGCCCUUGCAGCUUACUCCCACCGUUCCAAAUUGUUAUUUAUUUUUAGCUUUUCUAGAUUCAUAGACUUUGCUAUACAGCUAGACAUAAUAUAUAUCUAGAUGCAUAGCAAAAUCUAUGCAUCUAGAAAAACUAAAAUGACUAAUAAUUUGGGACAGAGGGAGUAGAUCGUAUCUCUUAGUAAUUUCUUCUUGCUAGUUUCUUAUUAAUUAGUUAUUGUCAGCAAAUUGAUCAUGUGUACCCAGCUGAUCAGCUAGGUUAGCUUGUUAGUAACUUGCAUGCAUGCAUUUGGAUCAUCAGAGUUGGAUCAUCAGAGAGUUCAUAUAUGCACUGCUAUCCAUCCACAUGCAGAGUGCUUGGUAAUAUAUGAAUAUAUGAAUCACUUUUCUUAAUUGGCAAUUUGGUACAUGCAGGUCUCAUAAU